GGGGAACUGCGGGUGGCCGCGGCAUGGCGAUGGGAGGAAGAAUGGAGGGAGAGAGCUUCGAAUGAAAGGAGGAUCCGACGAAGGAGAAGAGCUCCACUCCACCCAGGACAUGCUCCGGUUCGCCAUCCCUGCGCUGGGGAUCUUCAUCGCGGGCCCUCUCCUCUCGGUGAUUGAUACCGUCUUUAUCAGCAAGACAGCAGUGGAUGAGGUCAGGUCGUUGGCAGCCCUACAGCCGGCUGCCUUCAUCUGCGACAUGUCUGUCUUCCUGCUCGGCUUCCUGGCUCGAGCGACCACGGGCCGAGUAUCUCGGGCCAUCGUGCGAGACUCCAGCGGCGAAGAGACCAGGGCUGAGAUGCGUCGGGCGCUCAGUCUCGCCCUCAUCGUUGGCCUGACGCUCUCCUGCAUCCUCUUCACGUUCGCUCCGAUGCUUCUAAGUAAAAUGCUAGGGGUCGACCCGAGGCUCAUCGAGCCAGCUACCGAGUACGUACGGUACCGGGCGCCGGGGGUUCCGGCUGCUGUCCUCUCCUACGUGGUCAUCGCGGGCCUGCUAUGCACUAAGGACUCCGUCACUCCACUGAGGUCGGUGCUGUGGUCAGGGGCAGCCAACGUCGUCGGGGACGCGAUCUUCUGUCACUACAUGAGAGGAGGGCUAGCCGGAGCUGCUCUCGCUACUUCCAUCUCCCAGUGUCUCGGGGCCUGCCUUCAGCUCAUGUCGGCGAGGGAGAAGCGCAUCCUCCCCGACCUGACCAGCAUCCUCCACCUUCCGAGAGCCGUCCUCAGCUACUUCAACCCUCUCUUCGUCUACGUCGGCCCCCUCGCCACCAUAUCCCUGACCCGCGCUUACGGGUUCACCCUUAUGACCAAGAGGGUCUCGUCUCUCAGCCCUCAAAAGAUCGGAGCCUACCAGGUGCUCUUCCAGCUGUUCGCCUUCUUCGCCUUCUUCGGAGAACCCCUCUCCCAGACCGCUCAGACCACCCUCCCUCGCCUCCUGGAUGCAGGAGACUCGAAGGGAGCUUGGAAGGUCAUGGGAAAUCUGGGAUCCCUCUCCUUGAUUGCUUCUGUCCUUGUUGGAAGCGUCUUUGCUACUCUUGCAACAGUUGGGAACGGGUUGUUCGUGACUGAUCUAGCGAUCCGUCAAGCCAUGAGGGAAGCUUCACACGUCGUGACCGGAUGCAUCGUUGUGCUCAUGUUCUCCGCGUCUCUGGAUGGCGCCAUGCUCGCUGGGAGAGAGUUCGGAUGGGUAGUGGGAACCUCGAUAGUGACUCUGUUCGUGCUGGCGGCCAUGCUGAAAUUCCAUGGCGACAGCCUGGCAGGAGUCUGGCUGGGUUUCGGAUCGAGGGUCUUGAUCUACUGCUUCGCAUGCUGCUUUCGACUGAUGGGCCUCGCCGAAAGAUGCGCUACCAGGCAUUCGGCCCAGGAAGGACCAUGA